GUACUCCAUAGGAAACCUCACCUUACCUCACCUAGCCCCCUGGGUCAUCUCCGUUCUAAACAUAGACUUAAACAAAUACAACGUGUUCAAUGACCUUCCCAAAGAGAGCGAUUACCCUCCGCCAAAACUAACCAAAGAAAUUUACGAAAAACUCGAGAAGUUGAAUAUACCUCACUCAAUCAAGGUCAUAGAUAGGGUGGUCAGGGCACAUGGACACACGUUGAAGGACAUUUUCAUACUGAAGUACGGACGGUUUGACAGAAUUCCUGAUCUGGUGCUGUGGCCGAAAGGUCACGAUGACGUUGUCAAGAUUGUCAAGCUAGCUGACGAAAAUGACAUGGUGAUUAUUCCUUUCGGCGGAGGCACCGCAGUGUCCGGCGCGGUGGAGUGUCCCACCGGCGAAGACCGGCCCAUCAUCUCCCUGGACACGACGCAGAUGAACCGCAUCCUGUGGCUGGACGAGAAGAACCUGGUGGCGUGCUGCGAGAGCGGCAUUAUCGGUCAGGAUCUGGAGCGGGAACUGAACAAAUUGGGCUUCACUUGCGGCCACGAGCCGGACAGUUACGAAUUCUCCAGUUUGGGCGGAUGGGUGGCCACCAGAGCGUCAGGAAUGAAAAAGAACACAUAUGGCAACAUAGAAGAUCUUCUAGUUCACGUGAAAAUGGUGACACCUAAGGGUCUUCUUCAGAAGAACUGUCAAGUUCCUCGACUCAGCUGCGGACCGGAUUUCAAUCACGUGAUCAUGGGCUCAGAAGGCUCGUUGGGUGUGAUCACCGAGGUUGUGCUCAAAAUAAGACCCGUGCCAAAAAUUAGGCGGUACGGGUCGAUCAUAUUUUACGAUUUUGAGGAUGGCGUGAAUUGUAUGAGGGAGGUUGCUAGGCAGAGAUGUCAACCUGCCUCUAUCAGACUCAUGGACAACGACCAGUUCAAGUUCGGUUUAAUCGUCAAACCUCAAAGCACAUUCAUGGAGAGCAUCGUGGAUGGCCUGAAGAAAGUAUAUGUUACCAAAAUAAAGAAGUUUGAUCCUGAUCGGAUGUGCGUGAUGACGUUGCUCUUCGAGGGCGACGAGAAUGAGGUUAAGGUCAGCGAAAAAAGGAU